AUGGUGCAGACACUUGAUGAUGGUGAUGAAGAUGAUGAUGAUGAGGAUGAUGAUGAUGAUGGUGAUGAUGAUGAGAAUGGCGACGUGGAGAUGACGAUGAGGAGCAGGAGGAGGACGAUGGAGACACUACAAGUGGUCAUUCGUACAGACCCCAAGGGCAACGACUUCAAGGGCAGUUGGAACUGCCGUGCCUGUCGCCACAAAAGGCAAGUCAAGGAGAAAAACGUGCCCUCGCAUGACGUUCUCCAGCGGCUGAUCAUUGAAGAGAGCGCCGAGCUUAUCGGCAGCACUCAAUCGUGCACGGAUGCCCUGAAAGUGGGCAAGUCCGACGAAGCACUGGCCUCAGCCUUUUCAAUCUUGGAGAUUGAAGCGUUUGUGGCCGUCAAGUUGCUGAGCCAGCUGGCAACGGUGCACGACGACGGAGAGAGUGACGAAGAAAGCUGGGCCGAUGCUGAUGUGGUCGGUGAGCUCCCCGCGCUUCUUGGCAAGCCGGGCGCUGGCGUGGCGAAGCCCACGAAGCAGAAGCCCGACACUAGCAGGCCGCGGCACAUCGUGCUGGUUCUUGAUGCUUCCGGCAGCAUGCGCCAGCAGGACGUGGAGGCUGACGCCGAGACGAGGCGUGAACUUGGCAGCCAGUGUGCCAGCCUCACGAGGCUUGAGGCAGCAGAGCUUUGCGCUGCGAAGUUUGCGCGGGAGCAUGCCAGAGCUCGGCCUCAAGACUUCUUCUCUGCCGUUGCAUUUCACGAGACCGCUAGCGCCGUUUCAAAGAAACUGCUGGCGAAUGACUUCGCAGAGACCUUCGCACUUGGCGACCGUGCAGCCAAUGGCACUUUCUACCUCCAGGGCCUGCAGGAGGCUGCCGAUGUGCUGGCCCAGUAUCCGGACUUGCCAGGGGAGCUUGUGAUACUCUCCGAUGGGCGGCCGGCGGACACAAAAGCAGCACUGAACUUCUUCCAGGACACCUACCUGCGAGGCCAGCAUUCCGGAGUGCAUGUGCACGGAAUUGGCUUUGGCACGACGGUGGAAAGCUUUGCACCGCUGCAGCAGCUGGCGUGUUUGAGCGGCGGAACAUUUGCACUCUCUGGUAGCACGGUGCGCGGCCUGUGCCAGGCCUUCUCAUCUGUGUCCUCCACCAUUACCUCAUCGCAGAGCAGCCAGUGGAUCGUUGCAGAGGAAUCCGAAGCGAAGCCUCAGAAGCAGAAGCCACAGCUUCGGGUCGUCGAAUUCGAACUGCCCGAGCAAGGGAUCUUCGGCAAGAAGCACGUGAUCCGGUACCGAGCUGCACGAACCCACUUCAGUUUCGAUGGGACUGAGUUUCAGCAGAAGAAGUUCACAGCAGGGCCGGUCGUGCGGCGUCAGCUUCCCUACAUGCGGGGAGGCAUGCGACUGGUGUACAGUUUUCAAGACGACUGCGUGUCCAAGGACGGCACCUGGAUGGUUGCGAAAUCCUCCCGAUACCUCGAUGCAGCUUUGAACUCGCGGGUCGCGGUCGAGGCUCAUGCGAAGUCAUCCGCUUUGGCCUCCUACUUCGCCUCCGUGUUCAAUGCUCGCCUGCAGAACUCGGGAGGGGCAACUGCAAAGCAUGCAACACUGUUCUUCGUGCCGUGCUAUCUCUACGAGGUGGAAAACGCAGUUCCCGACGUGCCUGCCUGCUUCGCUGCCGAGCGAUAUCUGCCAGGUGUGUUUCUCAAGUACAACUCCAACAACGGCUAUGUGGCAGAUGCGCAGCUCCUGCACAACGACUUGGUUCAAGCCUUCUUGCACUUCUCUUUCGAGGAAUCCGGCGGACGGUUUAUUGUGUCUGACUUGCAGGGCGUCGCGCGGCAAAAUGAGGUGCUCCUCACGGAUCCGCAGGUCCUUUCCAUCACGGGCGAGUAUGGCCCAGGUGACCUUGGUACGGCCGGCUACCUCCGAUGCCUUCAGUCCCACCGCUGUGGAUCUGCCUGCAAACGCCUUGGGCUUCACCCCAUCAAUGCCGCGAAGUUGAGACAAGUGGGACGCUCACAAACUGAUGUUGCAUCCUGUUCUUCCUGGCAGCACAUCCUGUCGGACAGCAGCUUUCCAGAUUGGGACCGCGUUAGCGAACAAGCAGCCGCGGAGUACGUGCUCGGCGAAGGCAAUCCGCCCUCUACUCCGAUGUCCGCAUCGUCCUGGGUCCAUGUGUUGGACUCCUGA